AUGCGUUAUCAGAUACUGGAGAACCUUGAUGCGAGCAAGCUGUCCGAAAUUCAAGUCAUGAUUGGGAGAGUGAUCGAUUUUGAGGAUUCAGCGUUCGAUACGAAGGUUUCGGUGAAGUCGGGCAUAGACGAGCACUUGGAUGACUUAAAGAGAUUCUUUGGUGGCUUAGAAGACUUUUUAACAAAAAUCGUCAACUCUGUGCGAGAUACUCUCCCGGUAAUGAUGCGACAGGCUGUCCAGUCGUGUUUGUUCGUCCCGCAGGUCGGUUUUUUAUUGGCCAUUAAUGAAAACACCGAAGAGCAGACGCAAUUUGAGCAUAACCCCGAAUGGAAAAUGUUUUUCAAGGCGAACGAAUGCGUCAUGUAUAAAAAUGAGCACAUGCGGGAACUUGAUGCCCGUUUUGGUGAUUUACACAGCGAGAUCAAUGGUAUGUGUCUCCAAUAG